GCAAGCACUGAGGACAUGGGCAAGAGCGUCCAGCAGUGCCUGGAGCAACUGGACAUCCGCAAAAGUGUAGUGGGCCUGGCCACCGGUGCUGGGGCCAUCUACCUGCUCUACAAGGCCAUCAGAGCUGGCAUAAAAUGCCAGCCGCCCCUCUGCACUGCCUCACCCAUCUGCAUCGCCCGCCUGGCAAUCGAGCGAGAGCGGCACGGGCGGGACUCAGGUGAGCUCCGGAGGCUUCUCAACUCUUUGGAGUACAAACAGGAUGAGUACGCCAAGAGCAUGAUCCUGCACAGCAUCACCCGCUGCGUGUACUUGCUGGAGGCGGAGGCCUCUGCUUGUACCACUGAUGACAUCGUGCUGGUGGGCACCAUGCUGGAUGACAAGGACAACAGUGUCAAAAUCCAAGCUCUGAACACACUUAAAGCUUUCUCUGGCAUCAGAAAAUUCAGGCUCAAAAUUCAGGAACAGUUCAUCAAGGUCCUGGAACUGAUAUCCACCAUCUGGGACUCAGACUUGCAUGUUGCAGGCCUCAGACUCCUCAACAACCUUCCACUGCCGGACUUUGUGCACCCACAGCUGCGACGGGUGAUGCCUGCCUUGAUGGAGAUUCUUCAGUCGGACUAUAUCCUGGCACAGGUACAAGCCAUACGACUGCUGAGCUACCUGGCACAGAAGAAUGACCUUCUGUAUGAUAUUCUCAACUGCCAGGUCCACUCCAAUUUCCUGAACCUGUUCCAGGCCACACAGCCGGGGAGUCUGCUGUUCGAAGUCCUGGUGUUUGCGGAGCGGCUGAGUGAGGGCCGGAACACACCGCACUACCGCGCCGUGAAAUGGCAUUACAACGAGCAGUCUCUGCACGAAGCCCUCUUCGGGGACGAGUCACGACUGGCAGACCGGCUGCUCGCCCUGGUCAUCCACCCCGAGGAGGAGGUUCAGAUCCAAGCCUGCAAGGUCAUAGUCAGCUUGCAGUACCCCCAGGACAUGCGCGUGCGGCCCUCCUCCUGCCGGACCAGUCAUUCCUACUUUAAUAAUGGGGAAUAAAAUUAAGGAGAGCCAAUAAAUGAGUGUGG